CUUCAUCCUUCCCACCUCGUCUUCACCCUUGAUUCUACAGCCAUGACCGUCAUCACACGUCCCGUACUCCCUCCCUGCCCUCAGAUCCAUGGUCGCUCGAGCACGACCUUCAAGCUCCCUCCUUUGGAGGGCUCAUUGACUCUCCCCGAGCUUUUCGACUGGCAGGCGCAGAACUCUCCGUCCCACCGCGUCUUUACAUUCGCCGACGAUGAUGGUGAAACUAGGGACAUUACCUGGCGCGAAGCGGCGCGUGGUGUUCAUACAGGCGCAAAGCUUGUCAGGAGCCGCCUUGGCUCGCAGCCUGGGAUACACGAAACUCCAGUCAUAGCGAUUCUCGCGACUUCAGACGGCAUUCCAUACUUCACAAUGAUGAUCAGUAUCAUGCGGGCGGGCUACGCUGCAUUUCUCAUCUCCUCACGUAAUUCAUCUGCGGCCGUCGCCCACCUGAUCAGCCAGGUGGGAGUUAAACAUCUCUUCGUCGGGCCGGAACCGUCCAUGGAGGAACUCGCCGGCGAGGUGAUGAACCUUCUCAAGACGGAAUACCCUUCGUCAUCUGUGCCGAACUCCUCGUCCCUGCCGCUAUUCGAAGAGCUUUACUUGCCGUCGUCCACGGCGACUGUUGACGUUCCGUAUCAAUUCAAGGGAGCCAAUGCUCCCGCCCUGAUUUUGCACUCAUCCGGCUCCACUGCAUUCCCCAAACCCAUCGUCAUGUCAAACCAGAGAGUUCUCGAGAUUGUUCGGUCCCCUUGCUACGGCGAACGCGACUUGUGCGGUGUGGUAUUCUCGCUGCAUAGCACACCUAUGUUCCAUGCUAUGGGCGUCAUGAUCGCGAUGUGGGGGCCGGCUGCAGGCAUCACAUACGCAUUCUUCAAGCCCAAGUCACCUCCUACUGUGCCGUCACCAGACUUGACGAUCCAAGCUACCAAGGCGACUCAAUGUGACAUCAUCGCCGCUGUUCCGGCAAUGAUUGAGAUGUGGUCUCGCGUCCCAGAAUACGUAGACUACUUCAAGACGCGUCAGGGCCUCAUAUACGGCGGUGGACCUCUUAGCAAAGAGGUUGGCGACUUUUUGGCAUCGGAGGGCAUCACUAUCUUUAACCUCUACGGAUCAACGGAGGGCGGCCCACUGACGGUCAUCUUACUCGCCGAAGUUGGUAUGGAUUGGGAGUACUUCAAGUUGCCGGACUGCGCCAAGGCGCACAUGAUCCCGCAGGACGAUGGCUCGUAUGAGUUCAUCCUCAUGACCAGCGACGCCCUUCACCCAGCCGUUUUGAACGCUGACGCCAAUGGCGUACCCUCUUAUGCGACGUCUGAUCUCCUGAUCAGACACCCGACGAAGCCGGGAUUCUGGAAGAUCCACGGCCGUACAGAUGACCAGAUCAUGCACAGCACAGGAGAGAAGACAAACCCGGGCCCGCUUGAGGCAAUGAUGAACCAAGACCCCCAUGUGCAUGCGUCAAUCAUCUUUGGUCGCGGACGAUUCCAGGCCGGCAUCCUUGUGGAUCCCAAGCGGGAGUACCAGUUUGACCCGUCAGACGAGAAGAAGCUCGCCGAGUUCAGGAACAAGAUUUGGCCGACUGUCGAGAAGAUGAACGAGUUUGCGCCGCAGCACUCGAGAUUGUUCAAGGAGAUGAUCAUGGUGUCGAAGCCUUCCAAGCCGUUUGCGUACACAGCCAAGGACACCGUUCGCCGCGGAGUCGUCUUGAAGGAGUAUGACCAGGAGAUCAACGACAUUUACGAUUUGGUCGAGAAGAGCGCGCAAUCGAACGUCCCUCCGCCGGAGAAGUGGGACUUGGACUCGGCCGCACAGUUCGUGCGGGCCGUCGUGGGCAAGAUCAUGACCCAUAAGGUGACCGAUAGCGACGACUUGUUCCAACACGGAUGCGACAGCUUGCAGGCGACGUACAUCCGCAACGCUCUCCUCCGCGGCUUGCAGGAGACAGCAAAGAUCGACACCCGCAAGAUUGUCGGCAACUUCGUCUACGACCACCCAACCGUCUCGAGUCUCGCGUCAUUCGUCUCCGGCCUCGCACUCGGCACGGUCGAUGGGAAGAAAGCGGACUCUCCAGCGGCGCGCAUUAAUGCCAUGCACGCAAUGGUGGCCAAGUAUACGUCUGACUUCCCGGCUCACAAGCCAAACGAGGCUGCGCUUGGCGCGAGACCGCACGGAGAUGUCGUUUUCGUGACUGGAACCACUGGCAGUUUGGGUUGUCAUCUCCUGUCGCAGAUGGCUGCAAAUCCCGAGGUCGCUGUCAUCUAUGGGUUCAACAGGCCUGCAAGGAACCAGAUUCCUCUCUUCGAGAGGCAGAAAGCUGCCUUGGCUGACCGCGGCCUGGAUGCGAGCAUCCUCAACACACCGAAGGUCGUACUUCUUGAGGGCGAGCUGGCGCAACCCUACUGGGGCUUGCCAGAAGAAACAUACGAUGAGCUUCACCGCACUGUGACGCACAUCAUCCACAAUGCGUGGCGUGUCGACUUUGUGAUCAACCUGUCGUCGUUCGAGUCGAGUAUAGCCGGAGUACGCAGUCUUGUCGACUUUGCCCUCACUUCGCCUUUGCCCGAGCCUCCACGGGUAUUGUUCGAAAGUUCCAUGGGUGUCUUCCAAAAUGCUCCCGAUUUGCGAUUUGCCGAGGAGCCAAUCCUGCCUGACUGGGCGUUAGGUACCGGCUACGCAGAAUCGAAGUGGGUGUCCGAACAGAUCAUGUACGCCGCGGGCAAGAAGACGGUGUUGGAUCCAUUGGUUGUGCGUGUGGGCCAGGUCUGUGGUGGCCUGGACGGCACAUGGAAUGCGCACGAGUGGUACCCCUCGUUGGUGCAAAGUGCGCCGAGGCUCGGAUGCUUCCCCGACGACCACAAGGGCAUCAACUUUAUUCCUCUGGAUAUCACCACUUCUGCGAUUAUUGACUUCCGCAAGGCGCCGUACGAGACCGGUGUCGUCCACCUCGUCCACCCGAACCCGGUGUCCUGGCACUCGCUCGCGGAGGUCGUCGCACAGGAAUUCAACGUCGAGCUAGUGCCUUUCCCCGAGUACGUCGUGAAACUGGAAGAGGUAGCAAGCUCUGUCUCUGGCGCCAAGGCCGACGCGCAGGGCGAGAUGGUCCGCAGCCUGCGCGCGCUGCACCUGCUUCCCUUCUACCGCGGCUUGGCCGAGAAGGGCUCGGACACCAGGCUGGCCAUCGGUUUCGGCGACCUCGAUGUCACGCGGGCCGUGAAGGUGUCGCCCACGCUGGGCGAUCCCAAUCUCCGCCAGCUCGGAGCAGAGGACGUGAAGAGAUGGAUCGCGUACUGGCACAGGGUUGGACAGUUCUCCGGCGAGCCUUUGUAGGUAUGAUGACGGGGAAAGAGCGUACGUUUGAUCAUGCAUCGUCUUUUGCACGUGGAACAUAGAGAUUGAAUCAACAUCAUGGACUCACAUCAGUAAGCAUAGGAAUCAUAGACCAUAGACAUAGACUACAAGCAACCCAUAGACCAUAGAGCAGUAUGUCGCAAUAGAUGUUGAACAUUAUUAUGCAACGCGACGGGUGGCAC